CUGCGUGCGUGCGCAAAUCAUCAUGGGGAGUUAACGUUACGGAGUGACAGUCUAACCGAUAUUAAUGUCAGUUUUUUAUAUUUUGCGAGUUCCCGGUCUAUAAACCAUAGUCAGCCGUUUUGGAAGUAUUUGUUUUUGGAAGUCAUGCGGCGGAGUAAGGCUGAAGUGGACCGUUACGUCUCCUCAGUACAGAGUUCUUCUCCUUCAAUCAAAGAGAAGCCAGUCAAAGGGUUUUUAUUUGCUAAAUUGUACUUUGAAGCAAAGGAAUAUGAACUUGCGAAAAGACACGUAUCAGAGUACCUCAAAGUCCAGGAGAGGGAUCCGAAAGCACACAAAUUCCUUGGACAGCUCUAUGAGAGAGAAGGAGACAUCAACAAGGCAGUGGGAUGUUAUAAGCGGUCAGUGGACUUGAACCCUGCCCAGAGGGACCUUGUACUGAAGGUGGCUGAGUUACUGGUCAGUAAGCAGGAAUGUGACAGCAGAGCAGAGUUUUGGGUGGAGAAAGCUGCCAAGCUGCUGCCAGGAAACCCGGCUGUCUUCAACCUAAAGGAGCGUUUGUUGAGUCGUCAGGGUCAGCCAGGAUGGAACCGGUUGUUUGACCUCCUCCAGGCCGAGCUGGCAGUGAGGCCAGCUGACGCUCAUGUGAACGUGAAGCUGGUUCAGCUGUUCUGUCAGGAUGGACGGCUGGAUGAAGCCGUUAAGCAUUGCCUGGCUGCUGAAAAAAGGGGCAUACUGAGCCACAGCCUGGACUGGUACACAGUGGUGGUGCGCACACUGCAGGAGUAUCUAGCUCAACCCAGUGUCUCUAGUAAUGAGAACAUGUGUCGGCGUCUCCAGAGAGAGCUGCUAUUGGCCCAUUGCAGUCUGCUGAGAAUCACACUGUCUGAGAGCAAUAUGCAGCGCAGCCUUGAUGCGCUCACGAGUUUUGACCAAGCUAUGCAGACGUUGAGCAGCGUUGCUGGCCGCCACACAGACGAACUUUGUGAGGCGUUUGUGGAGAUGAGAGGUCACCUUUACCUGCAUGCUGCCACACUGCUGUUGAAGCUGGUUCAGAAUCACCUACAGACCUGGAGGGCCAUCAUUGACCUGGCUGCACUAUGCUACCUGCUCGCAUACCAGGUCCCCAGACCAAAGGCUAAAGUGACCAAAAGAGACCAGUCAGCCCCACAGCUUCUGGAGCUGCUGGCCAACGACCGACAGAGUCAGGCCGGUCACAUGUUGCUAAAUCUGAGCACGGAUUCAUCUACCUUGAUCAGAGAGGUGGUGGAGGCGUUUGGGAACCCUAGUGGUCAGGACUCUCUGUUUGAAGUCCUGUUUGGACCACAGGCCUCCCCUGGAUCUUCCUUUAUUGCCAAUGAUGACAUUCGUUCCAUUAACACCAUGGCUCCAGAGCUCUCUCAACUCGCCAAAUGGGACGCUGGCUCCAUCCUGCUUCAUGCUGGUGACUUGCAACAUCUAAGCUGGUUGGGACUACAGUGGACCCUUCUGGCCCAAAGACCAGCCCUGCGGGACUGGCUACAGCAGCUCUUUCCUAGGCUUACUCUGGAAACCUCCAAACUGGACACCAACGCACCAGAGUCCAUCUGCCUGCUCGACCUGGAGGUGUUUUUAUAUGGUGUGGUGUUCUGUAGCCACUGUCAGCUCCAGGAGACAGCGAAGAUCAGCAGCGGAGUGAACCAGCAACAGCAGCUUUAUGAGCCUCGCUGCCUCCCACUUCCUCUCCUUCGUCUCUUGACCACUGACAGACAGAGGGAGUGGUGGGAUGCCAUCUACAGCCUCAUUCACAAACGAGCAGCUCCUGGCAUGUCAGCCAAACUGCGGAUGAUUGUGCAGCAUGGACUGAGCACUCUGAGGGCUGGAGAGAAACAUGGGCUCCAACCAGCGCUGGCUAUCAACUGGGCUCAGUGUCUUAGCCAGACGGGUGAUGGAGUGAACUCUUACUACGACCAGAAGGAGUACAUUGGCCGCAGUGUCCACUACUGGAAAGUUGUACUUCCACUGUUGGAAAAGAUCAAAAACAGACGCAGUAUACCAGAACCUCUUGACCCCCUCUUCAUGCACUUUCCCUCCAAAGAUAUUCAGAUUUCUUCUGUGAAGGGCUAUGAAGAGGAAGCCAAGAUAGCAUAUGCGGUACUCCUUGACAUUGAAGGAAAAACAGAGGAGGCAAUCGCUACAUUGGAAACCAUUGAUAACAUGUCAUCCAUCUGGCAUUUGGCACAGAUCUAUCAACGGCUAUCAGAGGAGGCCAGUAACGGGGUUGAGGAGACCCAAGACAGGUGCAUCACUUUUCUGAGAAAGUUUAGGACCUACCUGUCCAAGAUCUACAAUGCUAAUGCAGAUGACAUUGAGAGGCUGCCUGUCUCCAUGGAGGAAGUUGUGGACCUCCUGAAUGAGGUGAACCAGCAGCUGGGCGAGAGUGGGGAGGCUAUGGAUGAAGAGGAGGAGAAGGAGGAAGUGGAUCGAGGAGGACCGGCCCACUCCACCCCUGCUCAUCCCACAGACACCUCUGCCACCAUAUCCCACAUAAAGUUUUCCACUCCCUCUCCUAACAAAAGCAUCAUCUCGCCUUCCAAAAGACACCUGAUUUCUCCCAAGGUACCACCUCAUUGGGUGGAGGACCAGAAAAGUCUCCUCCAAAUGCUGUGUCAGCAAGUUGAAGCCCUCAAGAAUGAGGUUCAUGAUCUGAGACACAACUCUUCAGGAAACGCAGGCUCGCCUCAUCACAAGAUGUAUGGGGAGAGCUACGGGGCCGAGGGCCUACAGGAGCCCUUUACCCCAGUCCAGUCCUAUCAUGGGGCCCCCCUAACAGUUGCCACCACAGCCCCCUCUGUGUACUACAACCAGUCUCCAGCUUAUAACUCUCAGUAUCUCCUGCACACAGCAGCAAAUGUAACCCCCACUAAGGGCCCAAUGUAUGGUAUGAACCGUAUGCCACCUCAGCAGCAUAUGUAUGCCUACCAGCAGCCCACUCAUACUCCUCCAUUGCAGACAGCCCCAGCCUGCAUAUACCCUCCUCAAGAACAGGUCUUUGGUGCCCCUCUUCGGUUUGAAUCACCAGCUACGAGCCUUCUUUCCCCAUAUAGUGAAGAAUAUUAUGGGCAGAGUGUAACCCAACAAACCACUAACCCUCCCCUGCCUGAACCUGGCUACUUCACCAAGCCAUCUGUAGUCCCUGUUCAGCCACCAAAGUGCAUUGAGGGGAAGCCUAUGGACUUUGGAAAGCUGUCAUUCAGCCAGCAGGCACCCGUUGAAGUCCCCAAAGUGCCUAGUUUUGGAGCAGGGGUAUUCGCCCAGUCAACACCUUCAGCUGCUUUUAAAUUCAACUCCAACUUUAAAUCCAAUGAUGGAGAUUUCACUUUCCCAGCUUCCCAGGCCAAGCACAGUGAAAGCCUGCUUGGUCUUCUUACAUCAGACAUUCCCACUAAAACAGAUACUGUCCCAGAGAAGCCUCUAGCCCAAGAGCAGCCCCCCAGCCAAACUGGCAUCUUCACCUUUGGCAAUAAAAGUGUUACCGGUUUCUCCUUUGCUGAUUCUGCACCAAGCACAGGAAGUGUUUUUGGAAAGGUGGAGCAGCCAUUUAAAUUUGGGGAUGUUUCUAAGCCAGUGUUUGGGGUUGCCACGUCUGCAGCAGAAAGAGCAGCGGAGAGCGACAAUGACAGCACUCAUGUUGAGGAGGAUGAAGAUGGUCCUCACUUUGAACCUAUUGUACCCCUUCCUGAUAAAGUAGAUGUGAAAACGGGUGAGGAAGAGGAGGAGGAAAUGUUUUGCAACAGGGCCAAGCUGUAUCGAUUUGACACAGACACAAAAGAGUGGAAAGAGCGGGGCAUUGGCAAUGUUAAAAUCCUAAAACACAGCGCUAAAGGGAAGGUCCGCCUCCUAAUGAGAAGGGAACAGGUCCUUAAGAUCUGUGCAAACCACUACAUCAAUGCCGAUAUGCUACUGAAACCAAAUGCUGGCUCUGACAAAUCCUGGGUCUGGAAUGCCAUUGAUUAUGCCGAUGAAGCACCUAAGCCUGAACAGCUGGCCAUCCGCUUCAAAACCGCAGAUGAGGCAUCACUUUUCAAAGCUAAGUUUGAGGAAGCCCAGGAAAUUGUGCUCAAAUCAACAGAAAAGCAUGAUAAACAGGAGAAGAAAGAGGAAAGCUUAAAAGGUUCUGAAUCUCUGGCAGCCCAGUUUGCGCUUAAAGAUGGGGAAUGGGAAUGUACUGUGUGCUGUGUAAGAAACAAACCCAUGGAUAUGCAGUGUGCCGCUUGUCAAAGUCCAAAUCCAAAUUCUUCAUCCAAGCCAGACAUUAAGGCUGCUGGUGAAACCAAAGCCAGUCUCUUCACUUUCAAAUUUGGGACUGAUUCAACAAAACCCAGUAGUUCUGGCUCUACAUUUACUGGAUUUGGUGCUUUUGGAGGUAAACCCUCCUCCUUUACAUUUGGCACCAGCACCUCAAAACCUGCUGACACAGUAACCAGUGCGUUUGGUUCUGGGUUUGGGACUCAGUUUGGCAAGAAGCCCGGGCAGUGGGACUGUGAUGUAUGCGAAGUAAGAAAUGAGGCCUCUGCAGACAGUUGUGUUUCUUGUAAAGCUCUUAAAGCCUCACCUAAAACGACUGCAACAGCACAACCUGCACCAGCUGCAGAUGUACCAGAUUCAUCCUUUUUAUCUGGUGUUGGAACUGGGUUUGGUGCCCAGUUUAGCAAGAAGCCCGGGCAGUGGGACUGUGAUGUAUGCGAAGUAAGAAAUGAGGCCUCCACUAACAGUUGUGUUUCUUGUAAAGCUCUUAAAGCCACACCUAAAACGACUGCAACAGCACAAACUGCAACAGCUGCAGAUGUACCAGAUUCAUCCUUUUUAUCUGGUGUUGGAACUGGGUUUGGUGCCCAGUUUAGCAAGAAGCCCGGGCAGUGGGACUGUGAUGUAUGUGAAGUAAGAAAUGAAGCCUCUGCUGACAAUUGUGUUGCCUGCAGAACCCGCAACCCUGUGGCUAAAUCAACAGAGCGGGCUCCAGUAACCUCAAAUCUGCCAGCAGUAUCAGGAUUUGGGGCUGAUUUGCUAAAAAAGGAUGGGCAGUGGGACUGCGAUGCCUGCCUGGUCAGAAAUAAUGCAUCAGCUACUGAAUGUGUUUCCUGCCGUUCCCCACGUGCGCCCUCUUUAGAAGCCUUAUUUUCCAAGAAGCAUGGGGAAUGGGAUUGUGACACUUGUCUGGUGAGAAAUGAUGCCUCUGCCAAUAAGUGUGUGGCCUGUCAGACACCAAACCCCAAUUCUAAAAGCACAGCUCCCUCGGCCUCAACAUUCAACUUUACAUUUGGAAGCAAGAGUUCAUCAAGCCAGCCUGCUGGAACUGGAUUUACAAUGCCUUUUGAAGCUGGCAGCACUUUUCAGUUUGGUCAAAACAAAGAGAAAAGCUCAGCUGCUUCUUUUAAAUUUGAAUCUCCUCAGUCCGGAUCUAGUACCACAAGUACCACAAGUGCUUCAGGCUUCUCUUUCUCAAUGCCCAUUCCAGCUGGUGGCUUUAAGUUUGGCAUUCAGGACUCUGCUCAAGAAACUCCCUCAACUGAUAAUGAAAUGCCUCCAUCAGGGUCAGCCUCCAGUUUUCUGAAAAGCAUAGCUGACAAACACAAGGAGAAAGAAAAUCUGUCUAUAACCUCAGAGGGCCAAACAGAGCACGAUCAAAACCCAUUAAUUACUGGAAAAACCAGUACGUUCAGUUUUGCAGACUUGGCAAAGUCCUCUAAAGGAGACUUCCAGUAUGGUCAGGACGACCCCAAUUUCCAAGGUUUCUCUGGGGCUGGUGAGCAACUGUUCUUAACCCCCACCAAGACGGUUGCCACAAAUGAGCUGGAGGAAGACGACAUGUAUAAAACAGAGGAAAAUGAUGAUAUCCAGUUCGAACCAGUGGUCCAGAUGCCUGAUAGGGUGGAUGUAGUGACAGGGGAGGAGGAUGAACAGGUUCUUUAUUCUCAGCGUGUCAAACUUUUCAGAUUUGACUUGGACACCAGUCAGUGGAAAGAGCGUGGUGUAGGACUCCUUAAAUUCCUGAAAAACAACUCUAAUGGCAGGCUAAGGGUGCUGAUGAGAAGAGAGCAAGUUCUGAAGGUAUGUGCCAACCACUGGAUCACCACCACCAUGAAUCUAAAGCCGCUGGCAGGCUCAGACAAAGCAUGGAUUUGGCUGGCCAAUGACUUCUCUGAUGGAGAUGCUAAACUUGAACAGUUGGCUGCUAAGUUUAAAACCCGAGAGCUUGCUGAGGAGUUUAAGGAGAAGUUUGAAGAGUGUCAGAGACUUCUCUUGGACAUCCCCCUACAAACCCCCCACAAGCUUGUUGACUCUGGCAGAACAGCACGCCUCAUUCAGAAAGCAGAGGAGAUGAAGUCUGGUUUAAAAGAUCUGAAAUCGUUUUUGACGGACGAGAAAACCAAGAUCAAAGAUGAUGACAGCCAGGGAGACAUUACAACAUCCAGCAAUGUUUCAAACCUUGUAAUCAAGUCUCACUGUGAAACCACCGGCCCCACCUUGGAGUGGGAUAACUACGACCUAAGAGAAGAGGCUUUAGAUGAUACUGCUGACUCAUCAGUCUAUGCCUCUCCGAUAGCCAGCAGCCCCCUGAGAAAGAACCUUUUCCGCUUUGGAGAAUCCACUGGUGGAUUCAACUUCAGUUUCCAACCUGGCAUCAGCCCCUCCAAGUCUCCCGCUAAGCUUGACCAAAGCAGAGCCUCAGUGGGUACUGAUGAUGAGCAGGAUGUAACCCAGGAUGAAGAGCGGGACGGCCAGUACUUUGAACCUGUGGUCCCGCUGCCUGAUCUGGUGGAGAUUUCUACAGGAGAGGAAAAUGAGCAGGUGGUUUUCAAUCACAGGGCCAAACUGUAUCGCUACGAUAAAGAACUGGGUCAGUGGAAGGAGAGGGGCAUUGGAGACCUCAAGGUCUUACAGAAUUAUGACACCAAACGAGUCAGGUUGAUAAUGAGGAGAGACCAGGUACUAAAGAUCUGUGCCAACCACAGGAUCACAGCAGCUAUGAAGCUGGAACCCAUGAAAGGUGCGGAGAAGGCCUGGGUCUGGAGUGCCUUGGACUUUGCUGAAGUAGCAGAGGGUAACAUUGAGCAGUUGGCUGUGAGAUUCAAGCUGCAGGACACUGCAAAUGCAUUCAAACAGGUAUUUGAAGAGGCCAAGGUUGCCCAAGAAAAAGAGGAACUCAUGACUCAAGUGACAUCCAGGGUUGCCACACCUCAAGACAGUGGACUUACAGCAUCUGCACAGACUGCUACACCUGUGUGUGGGAAGGCAGCCAUUGCUGUGCUGGAAGAGACCACAAAGGAACGUACAGAGCUUUCACCCGAAAGUAAGCCAGGUGCCACUGGGUCUCCAAGUCCAGUCAACCCCUCAAAGACAGUGGUGUCCCCCCCUAAGUUUGUCUUUGGCACUCAAAGCCUUCAGAAGUUUUUUGGCUUUGUCUCUCCUAAAUUACACUCCGAGACUGAGGAAUCUGCAUCCAGUUCGAAAGCCAAAGAUUCUGGACAGCUUGCCAAGGCUUUACCUGCAGCACCGGCAUUCAAAGUCCCAGAGAAAGGGCUGGAUUUUAGGCUUUUCAAAGAUAACCCAAUGGCUUUUUGGACCAGCACAUCAACCAACCAAUUUGAACCCCCAGGACCACCUCAGUCAGAGGGAGGCAGUGCAGGGUCGGAUGAGGACUCCGAGGUGGAGGUCGUGUAUGUCAGGGCACCCACUGCUGAACAGGCAGCUUUAGCCAGGAAACUCCAGCUGCCUCUCACCUUCUUCUGCUACCAGAAUGAACCAGGCUACACCAGCGAUGAUCAAACUGACGAUGAGGACUUUGACUCAGCAGUAAAAGCCUUGAAUGGAAAGCUCUACCUUGAUCCUCCUGAGAAAAAGGCUGCAGCAUGUGGUGAUGAGCCAGACUGCCAGGUGGUGUGGGAGAAAAAGCCGACGCCAGAGGAGGAGGAGAAGGCCAGAAGCCUCCAGCUUCCACCCAACUUCUUCUGUGGCCUGAGCACCACCAACAGUGACCCGGACCACGACAAGCCUGAAGACUUUGAGACCGAAGUCCGCAAGGCACAGCGAGACCUGGAUGCCCAGUUAAACCAAGCUGAAAAGGCCUCCAGCAGCCCAGCUGUAGCCCCAGAGGAACCGGCAUCAGGCCUGUCAUCCAGCAGCGCAGCAGCAGGCAGCGCAGCAGCAGCGGCAGGCAGCGCAGCGGCGGCUACAGGCAGCGCAGCGGCUACAGGCAGCGCAGCAGCUGCGGCGGCUACAGGCAGCGCAGCAGCUGCGGCGGCUACAGGCAGCGCAGCAGCUGCGGCGGCUACAGGCAGCGCAGCAGCUGCGGCGGCUACAGGCAGCGCAGCAGCUGCGGCGGCUACAGGCAGCGCAGCAGCUGCGGCGGCUACAGGCAGCGCAGAAGCUGCGGCGGCUACAGGCAGCGCAGAAGCUGCAGGCUGCAUGUCUACACCGGAGGAGCAGACCUCAGACCAGCCAACAGAGACUCAGAGUGAAGCUCCAAGCAGCAGCUCUCCCAUUGAUCUGUCAACUAAAAAGAGCCCAGAGCCAGAGUCCAACACGGGGACUCCAACUGCAGCUUUUACUGCUACAACAGCUAGUGAAGACUCCGACUUUGGCUUCAAGUCCUUCGGAGGCUUCUCCUUUGCUGAUUUGGCCCAAAACACAGACGCAUUUGCAUUUGGAACUCAAGCUGACUCCAACUUCUCAUGGGCAAAUGCUGGAGCAACAGUAUUUGGGACCGCAGUGACCUCCGUGCAAAAAAACAGCGGUGAGGAGGGCAGUGAUGAAGAGGAUGCUUCUAAUAAUGCGGACAUUCACUUUGAGCCAAUAGUGUCACUACCAGAGGUGGAGACAAAAUCUGGAGAGGAGGAUGAGGAAAUCCUAUUCAAAGAGCGCGCCAAGCUGUACCGAUGGGACCGGGACCUCGGCCAGUGGAAGGAGCGGGGCAUCGGUGACCUCAAGAUCCUCUUCCACCCAACCAAACGCUUCUACCGAAUCCUGAUGAGAAGGGAGCAGGUGCUGAGGGUUUGUGCCAACCACACGAUCACACAGGCGAUGGAACUCAAACCCAUGAACGCCUCCGCUAACGCACUGAUCUGGACUGCCACGGACUACUCAGACGGCGACGGCAUAGUGGAACAGCUGGCGGCCAAGUUCAAAACCCCUGAAAUAGCUGAAUCCUUUAAGAAGACCUUCUGCGAGUGUCAGAGCCGCUUAGGCCAAGUUGAGGGCGAUGCCUCGUAUAUCUCCUCACCACAGAUGUCCAGAGUUCAAGAGCACUCCAAAGACACUAACCCCCAGGUGUUCCUCAAAGUGGCAGGUGACGGCCAACCUCUGGGCACUAUCACCAUAGAGCUUUUCUCCCAUAUAGUCCCCAAGACAGCGGAGAACUUCAGGGCUCUCUGUACUGGCGAGAGAGGCUUUGGCCUUCGGGACUCAAUCUUCCAUAGAGUCAUACCGGACUUCAUGUGUCAGGGUGGAGACAUCACCAACAGUGAUGGCACAGGGGGAAAGUCCAUCUACGGCAGCAAGUUUGAAGAUGAGAACUUCGAUGUUCGGCACACAGGCCCGGGCAUUCUGUCAAUGGCCAAUCGCGGACGCGACACCAACAACUCACAAUUCUUUAUCACCCUGAAGAAAGCCGAACACCUGGACUUCAAACACGUGGCUUUCGGCUGGGUUCGGGAAGGCAUGGAUGUGGUGCUGCAGAUGGGAGAGCUUGGCACAAAGAAAGGCUUGCCCACAAAGAAACUCGUCAUCACAGACUGUGGAGAGUUGUAGCUUUUUAAAUGUUAAGAUCAACAUUUGCAGCUAGGUUUAAGCUAUAAAGUUGUGGUCAAGAUUUUGGAUAAUGAUGUGUUCGCUGUGCAGUACAUACCCUCCUGUUAAAACUGAAUCCAUAGUCAUUAGGCAUCUAAGAAUUAAACCCUGAUCACAGGACUACUGAUCAAGACCCUUCAUAGAACAUUGGCUCCAGUAGCCUGGAACUACAAAUUAUUUUGCUGUCCUUUUUAAGAUAAUGACAAAUGGGACGCAUUGUGUAGUAUGCGGGAGAAGGCAUUUGGAGCAAACAUAAACUUUUGCUCUGUUGCACUUGCAUCUUUAUAAACGUCUGUCAAUAAAUUCUCAUAAGUUGUUUAUUUUGUGUGUAUAAUUGUACAUGGACUACUUUUCUAAUGUCUUUUGUCGUUCUUUUGUCUUGCAUGUGCUCAAUUUGAAUGUGCUGGUCCUCUUCAUAGGCUCCAUUCUUGUAUUUGUUUUCCUUUUUGAGGAAGUCUUAACUAUAAUUGAAAGGUGAGGUUGUUAUUUGAAUGCACCUAUUGUAACCGUGCCCCUGCAUUCUCUCUAAAUGCCGCCUCUGUAUACUUUUUACUGUAGGGCUCCCACAGUGAUUUUUUUUUUUCUUUUUCUUUAUAAAUGGAUUUUUCACAAUGUGCAGAUACUUGCCCACAAAUACUUAAAUCAUCUCACUGUGUUGCCCUGUGGACGGAGGAUGGCUAGAUGGCAUUACAUCUGGUUUGGAUUUUACAAUUAUAGUUUGAGGUAAUCACAAAGUUGAAAUGGUGCUUGUUGUACCAAAAUAAUGUGCUGAUAAAAGACAAAUAAAGUUGCUUUACAAGUAAUA